CCCGCGCGGGGCCUGGUGGGAGCAGCGCCCGGGCGCCGCGCUCCUCCUGCGGCGGCGUUGGCGGCGGGCGGGAUGCGCGGCCCGGCCCGCGGCAGCUGUGAAUUCUUGUAGAAGAUUGAUAGCUCUGCCAGCAUUUGUCCACAAUAGAAGAUGGGUGGAUUAAUUUCAAGAUGGAGGCAGGCAAAGCCUUCCACUGUAGAAGUAUUAGAAAAAAUAGAUAAGGAAAUACAGACAUUAGAAGAAUUUAGAGAAAAAAAUCAGAGGCUACAGAAACUAUGGGUUGGAAGGCUUCUUCUCUACUCCUCACUUCUUUACCUUAUUACUUGCUUAAUUGUGUAUUUGUGGUGUCUUCCUGACGAAUGGACAGCAAGGCUGACAAUGACACUUCCAUUUUUUGCAUUUCCAUUGAUAAUAUGGUGUAUAAGAACACUGCUCAUUUUUUUCUUUUCCAAACGGACAGAAAGAAAUAAUGAUGCAUUGGAAGAUUUGAAAUCCCAAAAGAAAAAAAUACUUGAGGAAGUAAUGGAAAAGGAAACGUACAAGAAUGCUAAACUAAUCCUUGAAAGGUUUGAUCCAGAAUCAAGUGCAAAGGAGGCUGAACUACCAUCUGCUGGAACAUCUGCAACCCCAAGACCUGGACAAGAAAUUCGUCAGAGGACUGCAGCUCAAAGAAAUGCUUCUACACCCCCACCUGCAACUCCUAAACAAGGCUCUCCAAAGUCCCCUCUUCCAGCACCUCCUAGCCUGCAGAGAGAGGGCCCAGCUCUGAGCGGGCUCCCAGAAAGAGCUGCUGUGCCAUCCUUGCAAUCCACUGUUGUACCACGGCGCCCUGGAUCCCCUGCCACUUCAGUGCCUGGAAUGGGUCUUCAUCCUCCAGGACCUCCUUUGGCAAGGCCUGUUCUUCCUCGAGAAAGAGGAGUUGUGGAUAGAGUUAUUGAAUAUUUGGUUGGUGAUGGUCCUCAGAACAGGUAUGCCCUUAUAUGUCAGCAAUGUUUUUCUCACAAUGGUAUGGCUUUGAAGGAGGAGUUUGAAUACGUAGCAUUUAGAUGUGCCUACUGCUUCUUCCUGAAUCCUGCAAGAAAAACUAGACCUCAAGCUCCACGACUUCCAGACUUCAGUUUUGAAAAAAAGCAAACUACAGAAUUGCGAUCUGAAACCGAGCCUCUAGAACCCAGGGAGAGAAAGCCCCAGGAGACUCAACAGACAAAAGAAUCUGAAGAUGAUGGGGCCCAGCUCGUUGAGACAAAUGACACAGAUGAUAAAGCACCAAGUUCUGAGCAUCUAAAUGAUAAGCUGGCUGAAGAAGUUGAAAAAGAAGAAGCAGAAGACAUUUCAACAUCUGAAGAGGCUAUUUCAGAGUCUGCUUCAGCUGAACAAAGUGAAGAAUCUUUAAUAAAAGCAGAAUAAAAUACUUCAAGUGCCUUCUGUAGCUAGUUUUUAGCUUUGUUCAUGCCUGUUGUUACUAUUCAGGUGAGCUUUUUUUAAUGGUACAACUUAAAAUUAUCUUGCUUGGGCUUAAACCGCCUCAACUGCCACAGUGUGUCAAAGCUAUGUGUAGGAGUGGGUAUUGUAAAUGAAGCAUGUCUCUUUAAGUUAACACAUGGAAUGUGUAGUUGGUUGAAGUCUAACAGUUGUAGCCCUUGUUCAGUUUGCAUAUUCAAAAACUUCAAAGUACAAGCUUUGCUAGGGGUGACUUACAAUUUGACAUCUCUUUAGCUGUCACACAUUAAGAGCAAUUACUGAUAGCAAUUGACCUAGUAAGUUUGGUCUAGUGAACUUAAGAUGCUUUUUAACGCUGCCCUGUUAAAAUGGAUUGAGUACAUGUUUAAUACACAGAUGUUUACAAGCUGAAGUGUCAUCUGACAUUUGACUUAAGCAUAUGGAAGUGUCAAUGCAGUGAUGUUAAUAUUAUUCAUUGUCUAACUUCUUGACAGAAUUCAGUUAAGUGGCACUUGGAUAAAUGGCAUCUCCUUUGGUGUUUGCGUUGCAGAUGAACCAGAGGCACCUACAUGCAAAACUGUUUUGUGUUUACAUAAAAUAUAAGAAGUCUCUGCACUUGAUUGUACUUGAAUACAAAGCACUAUUUAUACCUGUACUAUAAUGACAAGAUAUAAGUGAAUUUUGUGCCUUUGUGUAUUUUGUUAAAGGAAAAUAAAGACAUCUAGCAGCAA